AUGUCACCACUAAAAGAAGCAAUCUUUGCUCUACUUAUGUUAUCAUUCGUAUGUACAUCUAGUGCUAUCCAUUGUUACUAUUGCAACAGUGCGAACAACUCGGCCUGUCUGGACGUCAACCAAUACGACGAAGAAAUCCGGUCCAGCAUCAUACCGAUAGUGAACUGCGACAACGCGAUACCCAAGACGAAACCCAUCACGUUCUUUUGCAGGAAAAUUGUGCAAACAAUCUUCCAUCCACACCGCGACUCCGAGGUGCGAGUGACACGCGGUUGCGGCUGGAUUCCCCACGAGAAGGAGUGCUACAAAGACGACAACAGUGACCACUUGGGUACCACUUGUCAAUGCUUCGACAACCUGUGCAACAGCGGCGAGUCAGCUGAUCCCACAGUCAUGACCAUCCUGUUUUUCUGCUUUUCGGCCAUUUUGUAUUUUUGGCGAGAUUGA